AUGGAUAAUAAUAAUAUUAUUAUAGAUAACAAUAAUAAUUAUAAUAAUGAUAUAUUAUUUUUUUCAAUAUGGAGAAAUUUGUAUAUAUUAAGUGAAAUACAAAGACAUAUCAGGUUAUAUAAUGAAAAUGAAAUUAUAAAAAUUAACCAAUCAAUGGAUCAACUUAGAUAUCAUCCACAUAGAAGAUAUGCAACUAGAAUUAUCAUUUCGAUUAAUGAAGCAUUAGAACCACAUGGUCAAAUUAUACCCUUUGAUAUUAAAUCAGUUUUCCCACCAGGUGUUACCAAUAUAAACUAUUUAAAUCAAGAAAUCACACCACAUACAUUACCACCAUCACUUGCCAAUUUAACUCUUGGAUAUAAUCAAGAUUUUGCAAUUGGAACUUUCCCCAAAUCAUUAACUUUUUUAAAUCUAAUUAGUUUCAAUAAGACUAUUACACCUGGUUCUUUUAGUUCAAUAGUAAAACUAAUUCUACCAUCUUUUGAUCAACCUUUAAAAGCUGGUGACUUACCUAUAUCAUUGGAAGAAUUAACACUCUUCAGUUUCGAUCAACCACUUCAACCAAAUGUUCUUCCACCUCAAUUAAAAAAAUUAGUUGUAAUAUUCUUUAAUCAACCUUUAUCACCUGGUGUAUUUCCUGAAUCAAUCACUGAUCUAACCAUGGACUUCUUCGAUCACCCAUUAUCAAACUCUCUAUCAAAAUUACAUUCAUUAAAUACACUGAAUUUAAAAAAUUUUGAUGAAGAUAUAUCUAUGGAAACAUUUCCAAACUCAAUUACAAAUAUGUCUUUUGAUAACUUUAAUCAACCUUUAAAACCAAAUGUACUUCCACCAUCAAUAACUAAACUUAUUUUACCUAAUUAUUACCACCAUCCAUUAGAACCAAAAGAAAUACCACCCAAUGUUCAACAUUUAGAUUUAGGAUCAUACAAUCAUAAACUUGGUAAAAAUAUACUCCCAAAUACUUUGAAAUAUUUAUCAAUUUGCUCAAAUGAAUUAUCAGAAAAUGAUUUACCGUCAUCUAUUACAAAACUCAAUUUGAAAGUUUGUGACCCAAAUACUCAAUUACAAAUACCCUCUUUGUCAGAAAUAAUAAAAAGAAUGAAAAAGCAAUAA